ACAAACAUAUGGAAAAAAUCUAACAUUUUUACUGAGAUCGUGUUCAAUUUAAAUGUUCAUAUCUUCACUAGGCUGUGGCUAAAUUGAUCUCUUGUUACUUAAAACAAUCUGAUUCUGUGCAGAAUCUAGAUCGUGGAAAAGUUUGUGUACCAAGUAGUUUGAUUUACAUCUCUUACUUCAUAGUUUAAUAUUUAAUUUCCGAUUUUUAAAUUAAGUAUUACAAAAAUAAUUUAGCCGGUUUAUUCAAAAUGACUGUCUGUAAUAGUGGAAACGCGAAAUUGGAUGCUGCCGUCGAGAGUUGGUUAAAACACGAUAAGAAUCCUACAACACGUCAAGAGGUGCUUGAUGACAUCGCCAACUCCCGAUGGGAGAAACUGGAAGGAUGUAUGCUGCAGCGACAGAAGUUCGGCACGGCGGGACUGCGCGGGCGCAUGGCUGCCGGUUACAACUGUAUGAACGAUGUAGUUGUUUUACAAACUGCCCAGGGUCUUCUAUCGUAUCUACAGAAGGUUUGUCAUCAAAGCCAACUCCGUAACGGCGUAGUAGUCGGCUACGAUGGCCGACACAAUAGUAAGAGAUUUGCAGAAUUAACAACAAAGGUUUUUAUAUCAGCAUCAAUACCAGUUCAUUUAUUCUCAAAGGUGUGUCCCACUCCUUUUGUGUCAUUUGCCACUAUUAUGUAUGGAGCCGGCGCGGGUGUCAUGGUGACAGCCUCACACAACCCAAGAGAGGACAAUGGGUAUAAAGUCUACUGGGGAAAUGGUUCUCAAGUCAUAGGUCCUCAUGAUGAUAAUAUAUUGGAUGAGAUUUGGCAGUGUUUGGACAUUCCAGAGGAUCAUUGGAAUAUAGAAGAGAUUAGAAGUCACGAAUUAGUGAAGGACUGUACAGAAGACGUGUGUAACAAUUACAAUAAGUACAUACAUGACAGUUUACAUGAAGAUGUACGUGAAAUGAACAAAAAGACAUCCGUACGUAGUGUAUAUAGCGCGAUGCACGGCGUUGGAUAUGAAUAUGUGCUUAAAGCUUUUCAGGCUGCGGGAUUGAAAGAACCACUAAGUGUCCGCGAACAGCAAGACCCGAAUCCAGAUUUCCCUACAGUGAUGUUUCCCAAUCCAGAAGAGAAGGAGUGUCUAGAAUUAAGCAAGAAAUUGGCAGAAGAUAACAAUAUCAAACUGAUCUUGGUUAAUGACCCUGAUGCUGAUAGGUUAGCUGUCGCUGAAUAUGAUGAAAGUAAGAAAUGCUGGAAGGUGUUCAGUGGCAACGAGAUGGGGGCGCUUCUGGGCUGCUGGCUGCUGGAGCAGCACGAAAAGACCAGCUCUGAUGGAGACGUGUACCUGCUGGCCAGCUUCGUCAGCUCCAAGAUGCUGAAAGCCAUUGUCAAAGGAAGAGGAUACUUCGUAGAGACCCUCACUGGCUUCAAAUGGAUGGGCAAUACCACGCUAGUGCUGUCGCAGCAGGACAAGCAGACCUUGUUUGCGUUUGAAGAGGCCAUCGGCUACAUGUGCGGCUCGCGCGUGCCCGACAAGGACGGCGUCUCCGCCGCCGUGCAGGUGGCAUCUCUAGCCUCACAGUUAUACUCUACGGGGUCGUCUCUGACGCAACAAUUGCAAGCAUUGUACGUACGAUACGGAUACCACGUGUCCUACAACGGCUACUACAUCUGCCACGACCCCGCCGUCAUUCAGAAGAUAUUCAGACGUAUUAGAAACUAUCAUGGAUCUGGUGUGUAUCCGAAGAAAGUGGGAUCAUGCGAAAUUGUUCACCUAAAUGAUUUCACGGAAGGCGUGAAAAUACCCGAAAAGGCAAACGGAGAGGCACAUUUAAAGGUGAUAGGCACGGGGCUGGACCAGGAGUACCGCAGCGGGGAGAUGGUGUCGUUCCGCUGCAGCGGCGGGCUGGGCGUCACCGUGCGCACCAGCGGCACUGAGCCCAAGCUCAAGUACUACACCGAGCUCGUCUGCACCGCGCAUACUGAACGGGAACAAGAAGAAAUGAGACAGAAACUAGAAAUAAUGGUAAAAGAGUUUAUAGAAGAACUUUUACAGCCAAAAGAAAACGGUCUUAUUGAGUGAAUAUAUUCUUUGAAACUUCGAUUGGCUGUUGUCAGUAUAUUGACACUACCUUAUAUUACGAAGAAAUUAUUUAAUUUAGUGUAAAUGUAAAUGUUACGCACAAUUAAUAUUUUAUUUAAUUAGCACAAAUUCAAAACUUCUCUAGACAAGAUCUUGAUCCGGUUGACUUUUUAUUUUUCAUUUUUAAGAGAGAAAAAAAGACAGAUUUUAUGGGCGAAGUACAGAAUAAAUAUAAGUAAAGAAUAGUAAAAUAAAUUACUUUAAUUUUGUCAAGCCAAAGCAUUCGAAAUUAUUUUACGCUGUGAUAGUUUUAUUUGAAAUAUCAAUUUGGUAGACCAAAAUGGUCUACCAAAAU